CGCAUCCAUUGCCAGCUGGGCUACAGCACGCGGCUUAACGCUCAGCAUUCGCCGGCUUCCCAUUCGACCGUGCGGACGGGGCUCUGCUCUUUAAACUUAGCAGAAGCGGCGUCCACGGACCAAUCUGAUCGCUGGCGCUUUCGUCACCCAGGGGCGGACGCCUCCCGCCGAAAGCGCAAACACGGGCUGCAUCAUCACCCCGGCGUGCCCUUCGAGAGACUCUUUCCGCGACCACAACCCAGAGAUCGCAGUAAUCACGGCCUCAGAACGAUCCCAUUGCCCUUGCUUGCGCCGCUCGCUUCUUGCCGGACUGGAGACUAUGCCCUUCCCUUCCAUCCUGCAUGCCCGUUUCAAUCGUAUGCUUUGCAUGGGCACGUCCUAGCGCUUCCUUUUACGUUUACCAGCGUCUGAAACAGGUCUCCUCUCGGCUGCGUCUCGUCUGUUCGGUUGAACCGCUGCCACAUAAAGCAAUCUUCGCACCUGACGACCGCCAGCGUCGCUCCGCUCUGUUGCACGUCGUGCCGUCCUGCGUCUUCACCUUUCGCAGCCCUCGCCAUACGCUGAACCACGGCGACUGCUGAGUCCCCUCCCCCGCCGCCGUCGACGUGGAGCUGCCCGUGCCUGGCCGCAAUGGAGCCAAAACGGCGCUGGGUGGACGAACAUUGGUUCUGGAGAGGCUUCCAGUCCGCCGUGUUCCUGUAUGCGCAGUGUGGCCCAUGCAUCGCAUGGCGUGAAAACCACCGGCAAAAGAAGGUGUACAGGCGCGAGAAGAAGGAGCGAGCGAGGAAUCCCGAUCACCCAAGCGUGAUACGACAGCCGGCGCCGCACGAAAUCAACCCGCACUGGGCCGAAGAAAUACGACUAGGGCCGUCGCCGCCAAAGAGAGGGAGGAAACGAGCGAACACAAAAGCCGGCCGAGAAAUAACAAGUUCGGGAACCAUGGCGGAAAGCGAUACAGCUGACAGCAGCAAGAGCGAAUUGAACCGGGAAAGCAAGGAUAAUCUACCCGUUUUCUGGAAUUCGGACCGUUACCAGAGAGCAGACGAAGAAUACGCUUACGUGGACGAGAAGCCUGAAAUGAUCUACGCGCCGCCGGGCCUGAUUCGACGAGGCUCGAGUGUCGGCAUUGGUUCUUGGAUGGCGGACAGCAAACGGCUGCCUGAGAAGCCCAAGAGGGCAUACACGCCGUUGACUAACAUGCCUCCGGUCAACGACCUGCAUCCUCCCGUUGUCAGCUCCGUUCCUUCGAAGAGAGAAGAUCGGGCUUGGAUGACGGCACCGCCUCCCUCGACCGCGUUCAUGCACGGCAAGAAGGGCGUCACCACCAGAUCCAGGAGCGGAAGCGGUCACAGCAGCCAGCGAAAUCUCGAUCUGGGCUUGAGCCGUCAGGUCGUUCACAAGAUUGUUGAAGAAAAGAUGAAGAACGGCGAGACACCGAAUGACAGCACGGACUUCAUCGCCCCUAUUUCAGCCCGUGCAGACAGCGAAUUGCAGGAAGGAGAGCACGCGCAGAUUCCCCAAUCGGAUCGACGUUCGAAGUCAACGUCGCCGUUCAGAAUCGCUCGAGAAAAGGAACCUAUCCCAUUGAUGAAGCCACGACGUCGACCCUCUCCAUUGCCCUUGAACACAGACAAGUCUUCUAGAUCCACGUCAUCAGAAAGCGUGUCAGAAGUCGAGUCCGAUGUGUCUUCGAGCUCGCGCAACUCCAUCCCGCGUGGUCGGUCUAAAUCAGCGCACCAACUCACAAGGUCCAAAACGACAGCCAAGUCCGCUCUUAACUCUCAUCCGAUCUCUCCCUCGGCGGGCAAGUCGGCACCUACAGCAGCUUCUCUUGACUCUCUAGCUUCCGGUGAAGCUUCGGAAUCAUCGACACUGCGACCCAAAAAUCACAGCGGGACGCUCACCCCACCUUCCUCUCACAACGUAGCUGGCAGCUACGACAACUCGCCGCGAAAGCGCAGAGACACAAAGUUCUCGAGCGACGGCGCACCUCUUCUGGUCAAGGACUCCAGCUUGCACGUCCUGCAGGGCGUCGUCGAUCCGAAACGGCUGCUUGACAACCAAUGGGUCAAAAGCCCCGUUGUCGAGGCCCGGGUGCCGCUACCACCAGACGACAGCCCGCACAAGGAGAACGAGAACCCCGUCAAGCUCGUGCAAGUGUCUGCAAAAGAAGAGUUGCUGAUACAAGAGGGGGCCCGGCGCUGGAGCUGGGGCGUCUAAACGCACUUUCUCUCAGCGCCUCUACCACCGCCUUUGUCCACCACGGAAAAGACGGUUCUUUUUUUUUUUUUUCAUUUGUAUGUAUAACUAGCGUAUGACUUCAUGACAUCAAUUUUCCAGGACGAAAGACGGAAAAAUUGGCAUUCGUCCGGUGCAGUCCGUACUUCGGACGCUCUCACAGGAUCCUGCAUCUUUCCUUUCUUUUUUUUUUCUUCCAUCGCAGUAGAGGCGUUUUGCUAUUUCUUCCGCAUGAUUCAGUUCAAGAAUGUGUUAUUUCUUCUGGAUAGCGUUUUAGCGACUUGAGAUGUCAUUUAACUUGGAUAUCAAUUAUGCAGGUUGAAGCACUGUCAAUCCUUUUUUUUUUCUUCAUUCCGUCUGACUGGCAAAAAAUAAGGGAGGGUGUAUGAUGGCUAUUUCUAGAGGCAGUGUAUUGGUAUCUACAAUGGAGUUUCUUUUCGAAA